CGCGGCGGAGGCGGGGCCCGGAGCCCAGCGGGUGGAGGUGGUGCUUCGAAGAAGGCGGGGAGGGGAGAAGAGAACGCGAGGCCAAUGAGCGCAGCCGCAGGCGGAGCCGCGAGGUUCGGAGGUUGGAGGCGGGCGAUGAAUGGUGGAGAGGACUGUGUUGGGCGGGAACGAGCGCGAGGGCUGGGCUGGGGUGGGCUCUAGACGUCUGAAAGCCCCGGAACCCUGGAGCAAGGGGGAAAACGCGGAGCCGGAUUUUUGACCUGGGGCUCCGGGACCCGGCCGAAGCUGAUGCGAGGGAUUUUAAUUCAGCUCCAUUAUGUCUUCCCCUAAAAUUGCUUCCCUUUCUUGGGGUCAAAUGAAAGUACAAGAUUGUAGUACAACCUAUAAGGACUGCAAAGUGUGGCCAGGAGGUAGUCGGUCCUGGGACUGGCGGGAAACAGGAACUGAGCAUUCCCCAGGUGUGCAGCCUGCAGAUGUGGAAGAAGUAGCCAAGAAGGGGGUCCAAACCCUUGUAAUUGGCCGUGGAAUGAGUGAAGCAUUGAAGGUGCCAGCAUCCACUGUGGACUACCUCAAGAAACAAGGAAUAAAUGUACUAGUCCUUCAGACAGAACAGGCUGUGAAAGAAUAUAAUGCUCUAGCUGCUCAAGGAGUCAGAGUGGGAGGCGUCUUCCAUUCUACCUGCUGAUGCCACCACCCCAACUUAGAGAAAAAUAAAAUGAUGAUUCAUGAA